AAGUUCAGUCACCAAGUUUUUAAAGGAAAGGCAGCAUUAAGGGAUCAAGGGACUGGAAUUGUGCUCAUUCGGAACACAUGGUCUGUCUGCUCUGUGCCAGAUGAUGGACUACGCUAUGAAAUCCCUCAGCCUCCUUACUCCAGCUUCUCUCUCCAAGUGUGUGACAGCCAGCAUGUCAGCAAGUGCUGUGAUGACGCAGCAGCUCUUGUCAGGUUGUGCUCAUCGGUCGAGGAAGCCCUUCAGGGUCACUAAUUCAGACCGCAGUGUGAAGAAGGGCAUUGUGGCAGAUGAUCUAGAAGACCUGAUUAACAAGGUCAGAGAGUGUUUCUGUCUGCCCUUAGUCAGCGCCCUGCUGCUGGAUGAAGAUGGCACAGGUGUGGACACUGAAGAUUUCUUCCAGACGCUGCCUGAAAAUGUGGUCCUUAUGGUCCUAGAGAAAGGACAGAGGUGGACUCCACAUCUGAACGCCCCCUCCAGAGGUCAUCUCAGGGACUACAGGUUACACCACAGGACAGAUGUGGCCAAGCUGACCUUUGACCUCUAUAAGAACAACCCAAAGGAAUUCAUUGGCUGCCUGAGUGUGAAGGCAACGCUGUACGGCGUUUAUUCUGUGUCCUAUGACCUCCGCUGCUACGCUGCCAAAAAGAUGCUAAAGGAGGUUCUGCGAUGGACCAUCUUCUCCAUGCAGGCCACAGGUCACCUCCUCCUGGGCUCCUCUUGGUACAUCGAACAGCUGCUGGAGGAAGAGGAGCAAGAAGAGAAGAGGCUGACCUUCCCACAAGAAAGCAGGAUCAGGCAACUACAGGAAAUGCUGCUCAGGAAAGCUUCCCAUCAGCUGCAGCCCGUCUUUAAACAAAACCAUAGGAAAAGGGUGCAGAACAGCCAGCAGCUGUUUGGACGUGACUAAAGCGAACAAUUACAGAGAGAUGGAGCAGGUGAUGAAUUCAACUGGCUGAAAUACCACUGCUGCCUUGGUACAAUUUGGUCAAAAUAGCUGCUACAUCUGAUAAAUUAUAGUUAACUACGCUAUUUCACAUUUGUUUUUUGCCUGUUGAAAUUGAGACGUUGCACACUACACAAACUGUUAUAGUCCAUUUAAA